GCUCCCCGGCGGAGCGAGGGGCGGGCGGCCACAGCUCGCCGGCCCCUCCGCCGGCGGAGCCGCGGUACCGGCGCCUCGCCUCGGGCGGCGAGGGGCAGAGCCCCCGCCCCCGCCAUGGAGAGCGGGAUGCCGCUGUCGGGCGGGCAGCGGGCGCUGAUCCGGGAGAGCUGGCAGCGGGUGAGCGGCAGCCCCGUGCAGCACGGCCUCGUCCUCUUCAGCAGGCUGUUUGACUUGGAUCCUGAUCUGCUGCCCCUUUUCCAGUACAACUGCAAGCAGUUUGCCAGCCCUCAGGAGUGCCUCUCUGCCCCUGAGUUCCUGGAUCACAUCAGGAAGGUGAUGCUGGUGAUUGAUGCUGCUGUGAGCCACCUGGAGAACUUGUCCUGCCUGGAAGAGUAUCUCUGCAACCUUGGCAAGAAGCACCAGGCAGUUGGUGUGAAGGUUGAGUCUUUCUCGACUGUCGGCGAGUCCUUGCUGUACAUGCUGGAGAAAUGCCUUGGUGCUGCCUUCAGCCCAGAGGUGCAGGAAGCUUGGAGCAAACUCUACAAUGCUGUGGUGAAAGCCAUGCAACGUGGCUGGGAGACCCUCCCAGAAGGAGACUAGAUCCUGCCAGCCAUCCCUAUCCCUGACCAUGCAGCAGUCCUGAGCACAGGGAGUCUCAUGCCACACUCGCUGCCUCUCCCCACCUCUGUCUUUCUGUGUGCCCAUGGCUGCCUCUGCCACUCACACGUGCUGCUGGGCUCUCACGUGGUUCCAUCCUGCUUCAACACGAGCGUGUCUCUGCCUUUGCUAAGGGCUGGCAGGGCAUGUCCCUGCACUGAAGCCUGGCAGUGCUACAGCACAGGUAUGCCACCCUGCCCCAAGUUCCUUCAGGAACACUAACACCCAUGUACCUACUCUGGGUUUUAGCUUGCUCAUCUUCCCUCCUCUUGCUACCCACCCUAGGUAGGUGACAGCUGGCAUAGGCCUCUUGGGCUUAUUUGCCCAAAAUCCUAUUUGCUGUGCUUUACCUGCCAGGUCUGACACUGCUCAGUCUUCCUGUGCUGCUGUACCUGGUCCAGCUGUGGCAGAGACAGAUUUGGCUCCAUCCAGGUUAAAAGGCAGCAAGAGAGCGAGGCUGGUCACACUGUGUGGCUGUCCUCAAACCUUGCAGAGAGUUUUCCCCCUCUCCCUUCAUCAAUUUGUCACUAUCAGAUGGUUAAUCCUGGUGCUUUUCUCUGCCUUGCCUCUGACCUGGAUGGGAUCCCUGGUUUUUCCCGGUGUCAGGUUGGCCACAACCCAGUGGGUUUCCUAGGGAUGCUUCAGGCAAUAGUGUCACAUUAAUCCCAAGGCGAGACUGCUUUUGGCAGGGUUGGGCUGCCAGCUGAAAGGCUUUGUGUUGAUUUGGCCAGCUGGUUUAACCUUAGAGCCAUCUGAAAUGCAGCAGCAGCAGUAGCAAUGUCUGUUUACUGCUGUGUGUUAAGGAAAAUAAAAUAAAUCCAAGGAAAAGAUGUAUUAAAAAUGAAGGUUGUAAUCGUGUCAUAGCAACAGCUUCCAGAAAUUCUGGCUCUUGGCCAGAGGAAGCAUAGCUGGAAUCUUUCUGUUGAUGCCGUCAGAAUCUGGAGCGCUUCCUAGCUGCUCACAGUGCCCAUCUGCAGAGUUCCUCACCCUCACAGGAAUGAGGAGAUAGCAUCUGCUAGAAGAAAUCCCAGAAAACUGCUGAGAGGCAGCACCUGAGGGCUCUGUGAAGGGGCUGAACUUGAGCACUUUGAGGAAGAGUUCAUCGUUACAGGGAAGUCACUGUGGAACAAGAAGAACAAUGCCACCAUUAGCCCCAGAGAAGGACAUGGAGCAAUUAUUCAGUUACAGGCAACACCCUUUUUUUUGCUUCUUCUUCAGGACAGGAGAGGCCUAGCAUUGGGGUCUGAAAUGGUCCUGCUCUGAAGACACAUUCCUCCUAUUCUCAGAUGUCCUCCACUCUGGGGCAGGAGAAGGCUGCCUGCUCAAUGUAGCUGAAGUCUCCUAGGCCCGCACCAUGGAGGGGGUGAUGGGGCACCCUCUAAGAUGGGUCUCUAGCGCCCUGCCACCAAGCCUGAUGGUAGCCAUGGGCUACCAUCAAAAAAAACCCUCCAGCUGUGUUUGGCAGGGAAGCUAAUAGGUAUUGUGAAACAGGCAGUGAACAUCCCCAGGUUCCUUGUCCCCCAUGGUGCCAUGUUCUGCCUUUGCAGUCCUGCAAUGUGGUGGUGUCCAUCCUGGCCCAUGGCUCUCUCCAUCAGCUGGGUCCCAUUCUUGCACCCAGCAGUGAGGGAUGGAGGAGCUAGGGCUGAGGCGAGACACUAGCUUUGAUGGCACAGUAUGGGGCACGAGGGUUUGGGAAUGGGGAUGUCCUCUUUGCAACCCUGUUAUGGGGUAUCAGCCUUCAGCAUCAUGGGAGUGGGACACCCUCUGGCUCCAUGCGACAAGUAGGCAGCUGUGUGAUGGCUGGGCUGUGGGUGUUACUGCCCAAACCAUCCCUGCUCCCCCUAGCUUUCCCAGCUCCUUGACUUCUGCUCUUCUGUGCUACAUUUUGUGUAACUCCCAAGAGAACUGGUCUGUGUGCCUCUUAUACCCAUCUGUACUGUUUAUUAAAAAACAACAGUGAGUCUGAG